GAUCUCGACGACUACACCAUCAACAAGUUCAUCCACAGGUACCACCAGCAGCGCGUCAGCAGUUUCGGCCGACGGCGCUACCACAACCAUCGCGAGAAACCCGACUCCGACGAGACGGCCGCCAAAAUCACGCUGGGUGAAUUCUGUUACCGACCUUGCAUGCCCAACGACACUCGCAUUUGCCAGUUCACAUUUGAGGUUCAUCUCUACCAGACCUUAUCUAGGGCGUGCUACAAAUGUCCCAGCAACGCCAAAGACUGCGACCGACCCGAGUGCGUGGCCGGGGACGGGACGCGCAGGAUGGUCACGGCGGUGAACAAGGGCAUUCCAGGACCGUCUAUUCAGGUGUGCGUCGGCGACAAGGUUCUCGUGGACGUCCUGAAUGACAUGCCGUCCACAGCCGUCACUCUCCACUGGCACGGCCUCACGAUGGGCCCCUCCUUCGCCGUGCCCCGAGCCGAGAAGACGCCCUUCAUGGACGGCACCCCGGGCAUCACGCAGUGCCCAGUGGGUCCCUCGUCCGGGUUCAGGUACUCCUUCAUCGCUUCCAAUCCCGGCACUCACUUCUGGCACGCGCAGACAGGUCUUGAACGCGGCGACGGUUUGUUCGGCCCACUCAUUGUGCACCAGUCACAUGAAAAUGAUCCUUACCAGAAAUUGGCACAACAUAUCAUAACGAUCAAUGACUGGUUCCACUCCUCGACGCAGUCCAAGUAUGUCCUCCGUCAGCACAGCAACCAGGAGGCCAAACCCCAGUCCAUCCUGAUCAACGGCCGCGGUGCCCAGAAGCACGACGCGGAUGAAGUCGCUCGAGUUCCAUAUUCAAAAUUCAUAGUGGUUAAUGACACCCGCUACCGCAUGCGGGUCAUCAACGCUGCGGUGACCAACUGUCCCGUGACUGUGACGGUGGACAGCCACGACUUCGUCCUCCUCGCGGCAGAUGGCAGCUUCGUGUCGCCCAUGAACACCACGUCGCUCCUCAUCUAUCCAGGAGAGAGAUACGACGUGCUGAUCGAUGCGGAGCAACAGACAUCUCCUGACGGCGGAGUCUUCUGGGUGCGCGUGCAGGGCGGGAACGACUGUGGCCACCUUCAGCAGUACGCAAUUCUCCAGUACCUGCCCACGAACUUCUCCUUCGCCGAAGCUCCGCCCACCGUCCCCCCGGAGACCACGCCCACUCCCAAAACACCACCUGCGCCAGGAUCGCAAGACUUCAGCGGGGCAUGUGGCACCAAAGGGCAGCGCUGCGUCUCUGGUCUGAGGUCGCCCACGGAUCUGCCCGCCUCCCUUCAGGUCGCCAAAGCAAAUACUACUCUCUACCUCGCCUUCUCCUCCAAAGAAAUUCGCAACGAGAAUUUCUACUCCAUUCUCCUCUAUGACAUCUAUGAAGAGACCGACCCUUCGAAGAGACUGGCAACGCCCCAGAUCAACCACCUGAGCUUCCGCGCUCCGCCCAUCCCCCUCCUGGUCAACCACCGCCCACUCAAGUCCGAGAACUGCAGCAGCGAGGGCGUGAGGCGAGAGCACUGCAACGCCGACUUCUGCGAGUGCCUCCACGUCCUGCAAGCUCCGAUUGGGGCAAUUGUAGACCUCGUACUCAUCGGAGAGGGACCCGCCAAUGGCACUUCUCAGGCGGUGCAUCUGCACGGCUUCAAGUUCUGGGUCCUGUCUCAGGUGGCGGCCGAGGACGUGCCCGCGCCGACCAUGACGACCACGACCACCACAACGACCCCAUCCCCCGACGACGAUUCAGAGGACAGCGUGGACAUUCCUCCUGCAGGCGGCGAGUACCUCUCACGGGAUAAGCUGAUGCAGUUGGACGCGGAAGGGAAGCUGAAGCGCUACGUGCUGGACCCCGUGGCCAAGGAUACCGUCACUAUCCCGCCAGGAGGGUACACCAUUGUCAGGAUCGUCGCCGAGAAUCCUGGAUUCUGGAUGCUUGAGAGUCAGGUCCUCUUCAAUGCAAUGGCGGGCCAGAGCCUCAUCCUGCAAGUCGGCGACACUGCAGAUUUCCCUAAACCACCAAAAGACUUCCCCGAGUGUUAAAUCUGCUAAAAUCAAUCCUCAAUUUGUUUUAAAGUUUUCCCCUCUCUUUCUGAUGCUUUCUUUUUCCUUUCUAACAAUCACUUUCUUCCUAUCUUUCUUUUACUUGUUUACCUCAUCUAGUCUUUCAUGUAUAAUCUGCGGAUGUUUCCUAUUCAUAAAUCUUAUCAUCUCUAUCAUUCCGAAUCUUACCUACUAAUAAAAUCUCUCCCUCUCUCUCUCUCUCUCUUUCUCUUUCUCCUUCUCUUUCUCUCCUUCUCUUUCUCUCCUCCUCUUUCUCUCCUUCUCUUUCUCUCCCCUUCUCUUUCUCUCCUUCUCUUUCUCUCCUUCUCUUUCUUUCUCUCUUUUUCUUUCUCUUUCUCUCUCUCUUUCUCCUUCUCUUUCUCUCUCUCUCUCUCUCUUUCUCUCUCUCUCUUCCCUACAUUUUAUAUUCCACACGUCGAGGAUCUUUCUUCUCCCAUACUGUUGUAGUCGUGUCGUAACUACUGUAGUUGUACUAGAAAACAACUCACAACAAAAGAAGGAACUCUGAAUGGAACCAGGGUAUAAUCACGACAGUUCGCUAGUAAGAGAAACCUGAAUGAAAACAUUCCAUCGCGUGGAGAGUUUUGAUCAUCUACUUGGAGAUGAUGUCACUCUUACAGCUGUAAUUUAAAUAAAUGAUACAUUUUGCUCCAAAA